CUGACACAAUAAUAAUACUACUUUGCUGCUGUCACCAAAUCACCUGACUCCCAACCAUUUUAGCACUAAUUACCCGUGCGACAGAUUACGACAAAACUCCGGGACUUGAUAAUACAUGUAGAUUUGAAACUCGGAUUCAGCCUUGAAGCCUGAGGCAUAAUAAAAGUGGACCGUCAUCCCGCACUUGGCUGCUCUCCGAUGUCCGCGAACGCGCUCAUCGUUCAAGCGCGUCAACCUCAUUAAUGAUCUUCCUUUGUACAUGAUGCAGGGCAACUAGGUCGCCUAGACUCUUACUUUGACGCGUGCUGCAUUGCAGAACAAGCUGACAAGAUGCAUAUCAAGCAAAUCAUCAUUCAAGGGUUCAAGAGCUACAAGGACCAAACGGUGAUUGAACCGUUUUCUCCAAAGACCAAUGUCAUUGUCGGUCGCAAUGGCUCGGGGAAGAGUAACUUCUUCGCCGCGAUCCGGUUCGUGCUCAGCGACGCGUAUACACAGAUGGGCCGCGAGGAGCGGCAAGCACUGCUCCAUGAAGGAUCUGGCUCUGCAGUCAUGUCUGCAUAUGUCGAGAUCAUAUUUGACAACAGCGAUGAGCGAUUCCCCACCGGCAAAGAGGAGCUCGUGCUUCGCCGGACCAUUGGCCUGAAGAAAGACGAGUAUUCCCUCGAUCGCAAGAAUGCCACUAAGUCCGAUGUCAUGAACCUUCUCGAGUCGGCCGGGUUUUCACGUUCGAAUCCUUACUACAUCGUUCCUCAAGGCAGGGUCACUACUCUUACGAACAUGAAAGACACCGAACGACUGAGCCUAUUGAAAGAGGUUGCGGGCACACAGGUCUAUGAAACAAGACGACGUGAGAGCUUGAAGCUAAUGGAGGAUACGGCGAGCAAACGCGAAAAGAUCGAUGCGUUGCUCACGUAUAUCCGGGAACGAAUUGCGGAGCUAGAAGAGGAAAAAGCAGAGCUGAAAGAGUAUCAAGAAAGGGAUCGAGAACGGCGUUGCUUGGAGUACAGCAUCUAUUACAGUGAGCAGCAAGAGGUUGUUCAAAGUCUGCAGGCAAUCGAGGAUCAGCGGAGUCGUGGUGUCGAUGAGACCGAUGAGAACCGAGAGCGCCUUGUGGAAGGACAGAUCGAACUCGAUCAGCUUGACUCGGAAAUUGCGCAGUUCAACCAACAACUCGAUCUCCUCAAGGCCGAAAAGGACCAGUUCGAGGAUGAACGGAAGGACUAUGUCAAAGACAAGGCGAAGAUCGAGCUCGACGUUAAGAGUCUGACCGAUGGACAGUCGGCUGCGGCACAACGUAAAGCUCGUCAUGACCGGGAGCUUCGAGAAGUUCGCGCACAGAUCAAGCAACGAGAGGACGAACUGCAGAAGAUUCUUCCUGAAUAUAACAAGAAGAGAAACCAGGAACAAGAGCUCAAGGAGCAGCUCGAUGAAGCCCAAAAUUCACGACAGCUUCUGUAUAGCAAGCAAGCCCGUGCUUCACAGUUCAAGAGCAAAAAAGCCCGGGAUGAUUUCCUGCAGACCCAAAUCAACGAUUGCAACACCGCAUCAGCAACCAGCAAAGCUGUCCUCGCCGAGACCAGCGAAGAAAUAGCAGCCCUCAGCAACGAGAUAGCCUCGCUCCAAAAGGGCAUUAGCGAUCUGCAGCGCACGAUCGAUAACCGUGAUAACGAUGUCGACGAAAGGGCGAAGGGUCAGCAAAAGGCCAAGGAGUCGCGCGAUGAGCUCAGCGAUCAGCGCAAAGAGUUGCAGCGCGAGGAAAUGAAGCUCAACUCGACCAACAAACGGGCGAGGGACGAGCUCCAUCGAGCAGAGCGAUCGCUGUCGCAUAUGAUGGACCAGAACACCAGCCGUGGCAUCGCAGCGGUGCGGCGAAUCAAACGCGAGCACAACUUGGAUGGUGUGUAUGGCACACUUGCUGAGCUGUUUACGCCGUACGAGAGGUACAAGGUCGCAGCGGAAGUGACUGCCGGGAGUAGUCUGUUCCAUUAUGUGGUCGACACGGAUGAGACGGCGUCAAGAGUGCUGGAGAUCCUCAAUCGUGAAAAGCUGGGCCGUGUCACCUUCAUGCCGCUGAAUCGGCUGCGCAACAAGUCCACGAACUUCCCAAAGGCAUCAGACGCUAUCCCAUUGGCGUCGAAACUCACAUACGAGGAUGAGUAUGAUGCAGCAUUCCAGCAUGUCUUCGGCAAGACCAUCGUUUGCCCGAAUCUACAAAUCUGCGCCCAAUACGCGAGAAGCCACAGUGUUAACGCCAUCACACCCGACGGUGACCGAGCAGACAAGAAAGGGGCGCUGACUGGCGGAUAUCAAGACCCUCAACACUCUCGACUAGACGCGGUGCGAAAAGUGGCGCAGCUUCGCGAGGAGCAGGACGAUUUGCAGGACAAGCUAGAUGAUGCCAGACGACAGAUUGAGCGCAAAGACCAGGAGAUCACGAAGGCAUACGGUGUCAUCGAACGCAUGAGGCAACAGCGGGAGCAUCUGAGCUCAUCUUACCCGUCAUUGCAGCAGGAGCUCCGAAGCAAGUCUCAGGACUUGCAUCGCAAGAAGGGAGAGUUGGAAGCGAAGCACAAAGCGAAGGCAAACACAGAGGCACAGGCGAAGAGGCUUGGCGAUCAGCUACAAGGCUUUGAAGACGAACUGGGCGGUGAUUUCAAGAGCGGAAUCUCUGCGCAAGAGACCCAACAGCUGCAACAACUCGGCUCACGCAUCCAGACUCUGAACCCCAAAUACACCGACCUCAACAGCCAAGUGCUCCAACUCGAAAGCCGCAAAUCAGCCAUCGAAGCCGAACUGCGCGAAAACCUCCGCCUCCGCGUCGAGCAACUACAGACCCGCGACGUCGACUCCUCCAGCGACCGACCGGGCGGCGGCCGCAACGAAGCCGAGCGGCUCCAGGCGCGGCAACACGACCUCAAGCGGGCACAGAAGAAGCUGGCGGCGCUGGAGCGGCAGCUGGAGGACAACGAGGCGGAGAUGGAGCAGACGAAGACGCAGUUGGAGGAGGGGCAGCGUGAGCGGGCGGAGAAGCAGCAGGGGCACGAGGAGCUGGCGCGGAUGGUGGAGCGGCAUCGGAAGCGGAUGGAUAAGAGUAGCGCGAAGAAGGCGUUACUGGUGCAGAAGAAGGAGGAAUGUGAUCGGAAUAUUCGCGAUCUGGGGGUGUUGCCGGAGGAAGCGUUUGAUAAGUAUGAGAGGAUGGACUCGGAUCGGGCCAUCAAACAACUCCACAAAGUCAACAACGCCCUCAAGAAAUACACGCACGUCAACAAGAAAGCCUUCGAGCAAUACGCCAACCACACCAAAGAAAAACACAACCUCGAAAACCGCCGCAAAGACCUCGACCGAUCGCAAGCCGCCAUCGAAGGGCUCAUCGACCAUCUCGACCACGAGAAGGACGCGGCGAUCGAGCGCACGUUCAAGCAGGUGUCGCGGGAGUUCGCGAUCGUGUUCGAGCGGCUGGUGCCGGCGGGCAAGGGGCGGUUGAUCAUCCAGCGGCGCAGCGAUCGGCAGACGGCGGCCGCGCGCGAGGAGGAGGAGAGCGAGGAGGAGAGCGUGGAGAAUUAUGUGGGGGUGGGGAUUAGUGUGAGCUUUAAUAGCAAGCAUGAUGAGCAGCAGCGGAUUCAGCAGUUGAGCGGGGGACAGAAGAGCCUCUGCGCUCUCGCGCUCGUCUUCGCGAUCCAAAAAUGCGACCCCGCACCCUUCUACCUCUUCGACGAGAUCGAUGCGAACCUGGACGCGCAGUACCGCACGGCGGUGGCCAAGAUGCUGGAGGAGUUGUCGGCCAGCCCGGACCCAGAGCAGGGGGGCGGGCAGUUCAUCUGCACGACGUUCCGGCCGGAGAUGGUGCACGUGGCGGAGAAGUGCUACGGAGUGAGCUACAGCAACAAGACAAGCAGCAUCGACGUGGUAGAUCGGAGUGCGGCAUUGGAGUUUGUGGAGGGGCAGAAGCAGUGAUUG